AUGAAUAUUAACAACCGACAUGCUUUAACGAGGGAUGAUCGCGAAAGUCGUUUGAAAGCAGCUUACAGUGUCAAUUGCAGCCAAGCUUGUCUACUGCUACAAGCGAUCCAGAUGAAUGGCAGACGGCGCCUAAGUCCUGCUUGUAUAAUGCAACUGGCCACGUUCGUUGGAAAGGCUUGGGAAUCAGACUGCAAACAAGAAAAAAUUGAUGAACUGGCGGCAUUGAUGACACAUCUGUUGGAUACGACUCAAUUAUGUCCUGAAAAAUCCCUGGACGAAGCACUUAAACAAUUCUGUCGUAACGAUGUACCUGCUCACACUGUGUCACCAAGCAUCACUUUACUGAUCGCUAUCGGUUAUAUCGAAAGGCUUAAAUCAAAAUACAAUAACAUCAAAGGCGCUAAUGGUUGUGGCCGGCGAUUGAUUUUGAUAGCUUACAUGAUGGCAGCCAAGUUUAUGCACGUUAAUUUGCGAUCGGUCAUCAAUACAGCUCCAUCAGCCAAGGAAGACACCUCUUUGACGUCCGACUCCUCCCCACAACACAAAAGCAAUGAUACCCUUCCUCUUCCCAGCUUAAUACCACCAGCAUCUUUACAAAAACAUCAAUUACCAUCCCCUCCUACUUCACCUAAAAACUAUUCUGACACAGACCCUUUGAAAUACCAUUACUUCCGCCCCAACCCAAGCAAACAACAAGUCCCUGCUCGUCGUUUGUCAACGCCAAUGCCUUCUUCUACACAUCAUCCUUUGACCGACGCUGAUCUCAAGCGUAUGGAAAUAGAAUUCUUGCACUUUUUGAAUUAUGAUCUUACCUUAACCGAUACACUCAGGCUGAUUCAUUGGGCUCAAAAGUUUGAUGAUGAUCUCUUACCACCUAUUCGUGCCACAUCCACGGCAAAGAACAAGUAA